AUGUACUUCAGAAAAUUAUUAACAAGUUUGAUAAUCACAGGAUUAGCCGCAGAAGUUUGGUGCCAUGUAGAAAUAGAAGCAGAAGAUUAUUUUUUUCCUUUAGAACCGGUAAUCAAUUUCUGUAAAAUAGCUGAUCAGUGUCAACACGACUUCGUUCCGGUAUGCGGGCAGGACUCUCUCGGUAUUUCAAGAAUGUUUAAUGAUAACUGCGAUCUUUACGAGUACAAUUGUGACGAGAAGAAGCAAUAUCGUCACGUGAAAAUGGAUGUUUGCAAAUAUGAAGCGGCUGCCUCAGAAAGGAUCGAUUGA